GGUAAUUAUUAGUCCAUUUCAUCACCCUUUUUGCUUUUAUAUUUGACAAAUCUAUCAUGUUCGUUUUCUUGUUGCCCUCUUUCUGAAUCUGAGAAUAUGCCAAGUGGGUAGCAGUUUCUUUAUUGCGAAGUGGGCCUGUGAAAGAUCUCUCUCUUCCUCCCUUCCCGUCUUUACCACCAGACACCACCUCUCUACUGGGUUUUUUAGGGCUCUUCUUCUUCUUCUUCUUCUUCUUCUUCUCUCUCUCUCUCUCUCUCUCUCUCUCUCAAGAAUGUCAAUUGGGUUAGUCGCAUCUCAUUCGGUUUAGGUUAUAUAUGGGACAUGCUAGCAUCUUUUUCAUUAUCCAACUGAGACGUGGUUAAAACUAGCGUCGAAAAGUGGGCUCUCAGAAGAAGAUUGUCAAAGUGGACUGGAUUUGCGUGAUUUUGAUGCCUGAAAUUAGAAGUAAAGAAUGGGGAGUACAAAAUUCCCCAAGCGCUAUGUGAUUGUUAUUCUGACCUUCAUCUGCACCUGUGUGUGUUACAUCGAACGUGUUGGCUUCUCAAUUGCGUAUACUUUUGCUGCUGAUGCUGCAGGGGUAAACCAGUCAAGGAAAGGUACAAUCCUUUCAACAUUCUAUUAUGGGUAUGCCUGCUCACAGAUUCCCGGUGGAUGGGCUGCUCAGAAAAUAGGGGGAAGGCGUGUUCUUCUUUUCUCAUUCUUAUUAUGGUCUCUGACUUCAGCUUUAUUACCAUUAGACCCUAACCGGGUCAUGGUUUUGGUGAUAGCCCGAUUGCUUGUGGGUGUGGCACAGGGGUUCAUCUUCCCCUCCAUUCACACUGUUCUAGGACAGUGGGUCCCACCCCACGAAAGAUCGAGGUCUGUUUCUCUUACUACAUCUGGAAUGUAUCUGGGUGCUGCAGCAGGAACGCUUGUGCUUCCAAGCUUGGUGAAGUUGAGGGGCCCCCAAGCUGUAUUUCCCUCUGAAGCGGCACUAGGUGCAAUGUGGUCUCUACUUUGGUUCAAAUAUUCAAGUGAUCCACCUCGCUCUGAGCAUCCAAAAGCAACUGCUGCUGGUUUUGGGGAAUCUUUGUUACCAAUCAAAGGGAGUCAGAAGGUAAAAGUUGUAAACGGGGGACAUUCAGGCAAAACGGUCAAAAUCCCUUGGAAGAAGAUUAUCCUCAGCUUGCCAGUUUGGGCCAUUGUUGUUAAUAAUUUCACCUUUCACUAUGCGUUGUAUGUUCUUAUGAAUUGGUUGCCCACAUACUUUGAACUAGGCCUCCAACUUAGUCUUCAAGAAAUGGGCUCUUCUAAGAUGAUGCCAUAUCUCAACAUGUUUGUUUUCUCAAAUAUUGGUGGUGUUAUUGCUGAUCAAUGGAUCACAAGAAGAAUCUUGUCAGUGACUAGAACCAGAAAGGUCUUGAAUACUAUAGGAUUUUUAGUAGCUUCCUUUGCACUAAUUGCACUUCCCUUGUUCAGAACAUCUGGUGGGGCUGUGUUUUGUUCUUCUGUUGCUCUUGGUUUCUUAGCAUUAGGGAGAGCUGGAUUUGCAGUAAAUCACAUGGACAUUGCACCAAGAUAUGCUGGAAUUGUAAUGGGGGUUUCUAAUACUGCCGGUACAUUAGCUGGUAUUGUUGGGGUGGAGCUUACUGGCCAGCUUCUUGAAGCUGCAAAAGCUGCUAAUUUGGACCUUUCAAGUCCGGAAAGCUGGAGAGCGGUGUUCUUCAUCCCGGGGUUCCUUUGUAUUUUGAGUUCUUUUGUAUUUUUAGUAUUUUCAACUGGUGAGAGGGUUUUUGACUGAGGCAAGAUUGUUUUGGAUGUUAUCGUGCCUCUCAUCUGGUCCUGAGAAAAAUAAGUACUAUCCAAUGGUAGAUAAUUGAAGAUUCACAUCAGUGCUACUUGAGCCCUCAGCCCUCAGGCAAAGCAAGGGAAGCGAUGUGGAUUGCACUGAAAUCAACACAUUGUUUGGGCUAUGUAAAAGUUUGCAGUUAUUAAAAAUCAUUGCUUUAGUCA